AUGGUCUCAAAGCUUAGUUUCAAGAAUGAUAAAAAGCGCAAACGCGAGUCCCACAAGUCUUCGCACAAGAAGCGAAAACCUGAGCAGACGGAAGGCCCUCAACACUUUGUGCACAUCAAUAACUCUUACGUGGAUUUGAAGGAAUUAGAUCCGGAGCUUCUGGAAACUGGGUGGACCACGUCUGUAAAUUCAGUGGAUAUCAAAGGUCCCAUCAUUUUGUGUUCCGAUAAAGGGGUGCUUGCAGUAAAAGACUCUGAGUUGGUGGUGAUGUCUUCGCUAGAACCAGUGGGCGUAGAACACAGCAUAAACUUCACAUCAGAUGAUCUUGUGAUAGAAGGCGAGAUCUAUAGAGGUGAGCCAAACUCAGCAAGUCAGGUUUUUGUACCAGUUCCAGUGAAACACCUACUUUCAGCCACUUCGGGCUUCAAACAGCUACUCCAACAGGAAGAAAAAUCCACGGAAAUGACUUGUGGACUCAAAACAUACGAGAACAAAUACGUUUCUUACUUACCCGAUUCAGGAACACUGACAUGCGACUCAGAAGCAUUGACAGCAGAAGGAAUCUUUACAUUUCGUCCAGUGAGGGCAGAUGAUGGACCUCGCUGGGAAGUGUUUGUGGGGUCCAAUAGCGCGGCUAUCGGGGUGUUUGGCGAUUCUGUUAAAAUUUCCAAAUCUCCGGAACAAUUUGUCGUUCGUAUGCAAGUGUUGAAUCACACGAUGAGCGCAGGGUUACGCGAGCAUUUAGCCGCAUCCAAAACAGACCAUCGUCCCACCAACGAGUUGCAGCUUGAGCAAAAAGUCAAGGAAUUGAUCCACGAUGGUGUCAAGGUCACCAACGCGACAUUGAAACAAUUAAAAAAUGCAAUAGCCGCGGGUAACGUCAACGAGGUCAUGGUCGAAAUUAAGCAGAAAAGACUAAGUGAUGCCAGAUGUUGA